UCGCCGUUAGAGCACAGCAACCCGGGAUCAAAAACCCUAAACCUUAAUUCAAAUUCAAAAUCUCCCAACUGCUGAGAUUCUAUCACGAGCAAUGUUCUCUCCUCCAGCGAAGAAAUCAGGCUUAAGUGCUCGUAAAAAUGUGUUUGAUCGGAGAGACGAAGUUUCCACGCCGCUCGCCGAUAGCCGGAGGCCGUUGCUCGACAAUCGCCCAGCCACGGGCACCCCUGCCCCUUGGACCUCUCGCCUUUCCGUUCUGGCCAGAAUCCCACCUGCAAAAAGAAGUGACAGGGGAGAUGAGACAGACAGUGUCCAGCCUGUCUAUGUUGGGGAGUUCCCUCAAGAAGUACGUGAUGCUCAAGUCAUGUCGUCACAGAACCAUUUUCCUGCUGAUACAUCCAUCUCUGGUGGAAUGGACAAGGCUACAUCUUUUGCUUGGAUCGUCUGUGGAAACAAACUCUUCAUAUGGAAUCACUUAAUAGCUUCUGCUUCAAGAAAAUGCAUCAUCCUUGACCUUGAUUCUGUCACAUCAGAAAAUGGAGAGAUGGGAAAAGGUGGUUCUCAGAAUAAUAAUUGGCUAGUUUGUUUCGUCAACUGGCACUGCUCAAAGAAAAUUGGCAGCAAGGGAACUCAACAGCCCAGUCCUGCUGGAAUUGUAAUGUGCAAUAAGAAGACUCGCACUGUAGUUUUCUGGCCGGAUAUAUAUAAUGCUAAUGUGGUUCCACCACUCUCUUGUGUUGCUUCUUCUGAGUUUGAGGCAACUUAUUUACAUCAAAAUGGACAGUCGAAGUUAAGCAAACAGUGGCAGAAUGACAAAUUUGGCAACAAUUUUGGAAAGUUGGGUUCCAUCAAUUCCUUGAUUGCUUCAGCUAUCCCUUCUGCCACCCACAGCUGCAUCGCUCUAGCAUGUAGUUCUGAUGGUCAAAUCUGGAGAUUCCUAUGCACCCCAACUGGUAUCGAGCCUAAACAAAUUGAGCAUGGGAUGUCAAGUACAUUUUCUCCUGGAGUUGAUAGUAGUCAACUUGUGACUAGUAAGGGAUACCCUAGGUCGUUGACUUGGCACACUUUUAAUCAUUCAUCAGAUGAUACUACAAGACAGUUCCUUCUACUUACUAAUCAUGAGAUACAAUGCUUUACAUUGAAACUUUCAGCAGAGUUUAAUGUAUCAGAGCUUUGGUCACAUGAAAUAAUUGGGACCGAUGGUGAUCUUGGUAUCCAGAAGGACCUUGCUGGCCAAAAGAAAAUUUGGCCUCUUGAUAUGGAUAUUGAUGCCGAUGGCAAGGUAAUCACUGUUCUCGUUGCUAUAUUCUGCAAGGAUCGGGUCACCAGUUCGAGCUACACUGAGUACUCUCUUCUGACCAUGCAAUAUAAGUCUGGUGUUGAUAUUGCGAAGCCGCUAGGUAAAGUAGUAUUGGAGAAAAAAGCACCUAUCCAAGUGAUUGUACCUAAAGCAAGAGUAGAGGAUGAGGAAUUUUUGUUCUCCAUGAGACUAAAGGUAGGUGGCAAGCCAGCUGGUUCUGCUAUUAUACUCUCAGGCGAUGGUACUGCAACAGUCUCCCAUUAUUGGAGGAGCUCAACCAAACUCUAUCAGUUUGACCUGCCUCAUGAUGCAGGAAAAGUUCUUGAUGCUUCGGUUUUUCCUUCCUUGGAUGACAGUGAAGAUGGAGCGUGGGUAGUGCUCACAGAGAAAGCUGGAGUUUGGGCAAUACCUGAGAGGGCAGUUAUACUUGGUGGUGUCGAACCACCUGAAAGAAGCCUGUCACGUAAAGGCAGUUCCAACGACCAAUCUUUACAGGAUGAGAGAAGAAACUUUCCUGUUGCUGGUAAUAUUGCUCCAAGAAGAGCUAGUUCAGAAGUUUGGGAUGCAGGUGACAGGCAAAGGCCAGGCUUAACAGGAGUUUCCCGUCGAAGCCCACAAGAUGAGGAAUCAGAAGGUUUACUAAGUCAGCUUUUCCAUGAGUUUCUGUUAUCUGGGCACGUUGAUGGUGUACUUGACAAACUGAAAAAUUCAAGGGCAUUUGAAAGAGAGGGUGGAACGAAUGUAUUUACCAGGAUAAGUAAAUCAAUUGUUGACACUCUAGCUAAACAUUGGACAACAACUAGAGGCCCUGAGAUUGCUUUAUCUCUUGCUUCAGCACAGCUUGUUGAGAAGCAACAAAAGCACCAAAAGUUUCUUCAGUUCCUUGCAUUAUCCAAGUGCCAUGAAGAAUUGUGUUCCAGGCAAAGAGAAUCUAUGCAGAUUAUCAUGGAACAUGGAGAAAAGCUUGCUGGCAUGAUCCAAAUGAGAGAACUGCAGAAUACUAUUAGCCAUGAGAGUACAUCUGGACUUGGGUCCUCUUAUAGUUCAGAUACCCAUACUUCUGGAGCUCUUUGGGAUCUUAUCCAGUUGGUUGGUGAGAGAGCCCGUCGAAACACAGUUCUUUUGAUGGAUAGGGACAACGCUGAAGUUUUCUAUAGCAAGGUUUCAGAUCUUGAAGAGGUAUUUCAUUGCUUAGAGAGGCAGCUAGAGUAUAUUAUCAGCGAGGAUAUGCCGGCACCUGUUCAAUUUCGCAGAGUUUGUGAACUCUCAAGUGCUUGUGUGAUGUUAUUCCAUGCAGCCUUUCAAUAUAAGAGUGAAUAUCACUUGUGGUACCCUCCUCCUGAAGGGUUGACGCCAUGGUACUCUAAAACUGUUGUAUGGAAUGGGCUAUGGAGUGUUGCAUCAUUCAUGCUUCAGUUGCUCAAUGAAACAAACCGCCUUGAUGGUUCUGAAAAGUUUGAUUUCUACUCAAAUCUUGAACUACUUUCAGAAGUAUUACUUGAGUCGUAUUCCAAUGCUAUCACAGCAAAAGCUGAACGAAAGGAAGAUCCUAGGACUCUACUGGAAGAAUACUGGACACGCAGAGAUGCCCUUCUUGAUGCCCUCUACAAGCAAGUGAAGAGUUUCGUGGAAGCCAAACUGAAGGACUCAGCUGAAGAAAACAAAGAGCAGCAUAAUGAUACUCUAAUGACACUUUCUUCAAAGUUAUUAUCAAUUGCAAAAAGACAUGAGGCCUAUCGAACUGUGUGGAGUAUAUGCUGUGACCUUGAUGAUUCUGAACUCCUCCAAAAUCUAAUGCAUGAAAGCAUGGGGCCUAAGGGUGGUUUCAGCUGCUUUGUCUUCAAACAAUUAUAUGAAAGCAAAAAACUUUCAAAGCUUAUGAGACUUGGUGAGGAGUUUCCAGAUGAGUUAGCUACAUUUCUGAAGCUUCAUCCUGAUCUUCUGUGGCUUCAUGAAGUGUUUCUUCAUCAAUUUUCCUCAGCUUCUGAGACUUUACAUGCAUUAUCUCUUUCUAAGGAUGAUAGCUCAGUUUCCAUUAUGGAGGGUACUGAAGCAACUGGCUCAAGGCGUCAAUUAAGUUUGGCAAGUAGAAAGCAUUUUCUGAAUCUUGCAAAAAUAUCGGCAAUGGCAGCAAGAGAUGUAGGCUAUGAGCUGAAGGUCAGGCGGAUUGAUGCAGAUCUAAACAUUCUACAGCUACAGGAAAAGAUAUUGACGCUUCUACCUGAAGAAGAAAAGAAAUCAAUUGGAGAAAAACUUCUUCCUCCUAUAGAUCUCAUUGAGUUGUGUCUUAGAAUUCAACAUCCGGAGCCGUCAUUGCGAGCCUUUGAUCUUUUCUUAUGGACCAGUGCCUCAUUUCUUAGAAAUAAUACUAACCUAUUAGAAGACUGCUGGAGGAAUGCCGCAAAUCAAGACAAUUGGGGAGAACUCUAUCAAAGGUCCAUAACUGAGGGAUGGAGCGAUGAGAGGACAAUUGAGGUACUUAAGGAAACCGUUCUUUUUCAAGCCUCCAGCAAGUGUUAUGGACCUGAUGCAGAAACUUUUGAUGGAAUCGGAUUUAACGAAGUUCUCCCUCUGAGGCUAGAAAGUCCCGACGACCCAGAUUCCAAGUACGCGAAUUCAUCUGUCGAAGCUGUCCUGAUGCAGCACAAGGACUAUCCAGAAGCCGGCAAGCUGAUGCUGUUCGCAUUGAUGGUUGGGAGCGAGUGGGAUGCUUCUAACGCUCCCCCGUCUGUGAUGGACUACGAAGGAUCUUCCCCAACAGAGUGAAACAGUAUUACUAUAGAUGAAUUGUUAGGUUUCUGUAGUUUGAAUCAGUUAGUCUCUUUCACCGUGAUAAGGGCGCUUCACUUGAUUCAUAACCGAUAUUCAACAUGCUGCAUUAAAUGGGAAAUUAAAUGGUUGCAGGUUCAGAAAUCCAUUAGAGUGGAUUUCAAGAUUAUGUAUUCAAAGUUGUUUCUUGAAAUGUAGAGCUUUGCCAAUUGUCUAUUUUUGAUACUAGUUGCUCA